AGCACAUGUAGUAUUUAAAGACGUGUGAAUGAAUGGAAGUAGUUUAUGGUAUUUUUUGAACGUAUUUAUCGAUUUGAUUACAGAUUAAAAAUAACGUAACAUAGCGUGAAGUGAAUAAAAACUAUGCUCACGGUAGACCUGAAACACGAAUAUGUCCCUGAAAACUGCAGCCGUCCAUGCCAAAUGGGUUAUUGGCAAGGUAAUCGGCACCAAAAUGCAUAAGACAGCAAAAGUCCGAGUAACACGUCUUGUACUUGAUCAAUAUUUGCAUAAGUACUACAACAAAAGGAAGACCUACUUUGCCCAUGAUGCUUUAGAACAGUGUACUGUAGGUGAUAUUGUUCUUCUGAAAGCUCUUCCAGAAAGGAGAACUAAACAUGUAAAACAUGAACUUGCUGAAAUUGUGUUUAAAGUUGGAAAUGUCAUUGAUCCAUUAACUGGAAAGAAGGUGGCUGGAACCAAAUUCAUAGAACCUCUGGGAGAGCCCACUGAAGAUUCUGCAGGAUCUUUGACAAACAAGCUAGAUAAAUUAACCCUCUCUGCUGCUCCAGGAGAAGCCCAUGAAAAAAACUCUGAACUGUAAAUUCCCAUUUGGUUCUAUAUACAGUGUAUAUACUCAAAUAUGCAAAUCUUUAUUUCAAAUUAUGUUGCAAGUAGUCUGUUGGUGGUUUCUUUUCUAAUGCCUAUUAAAUAUUAAAUCAUUAACAUUUUUUACCUUCUAUGUGUAAUUGUAUAAUGUGUACACAUUUUUUAACCUACCAUUGUGUGUGUUAAAGUAAUUUGUGCUUACAUUUUUGUGAUUAUUCUUGUCCUAUUCCCAUCUAUUCUUCAUCCUACUAAAGAUUUUAACGUUAAAUAUGUAUUUUAAUUUCAAUUGGUUACAUUAUUUUAGCCAUAUGUAGUGUUUUACACUGUUUUAUAUUGCAAAUAUUUUUCUUUACUUUAAUAUCUCAGUUUUGAAUUUUUUUAUAUUGGUGAUUAACAAAGUUCUGUCUUGGGGACCCCCUGUGGCUGCACCUGUUUGUCCCAAACAAUGUCUGCUUUUAAUAGGACUCCUGCCUGAACUAAGCAAGCUUUUAUUUCCCAGUUUUUAUGUUUUGGCAUAACAUGGGUAUUACAAAUGUAUGUUUUCAAAAAUUUUAUAGGACUACAAUGGUGGAGGUAAUUUAAUGUUUUUUUGUUUUAUCUACAUUUUUAUGAUUUUCCAUUAUCCUCCCUUUCAUUGAACUUUUCCAGGUAUUCUCAUUAUUUAACACCUUGUUUUACCAAUGAGCAUAGUGGUUGGUCCGAUACUAAUGGAGUUGCAGGCUUUUGGCAUUCGGUGUUGUUUGCUGUCAUAUCUGCACUGCUUGGUGCUCUUUGUCAUUAUUACUGUUAUACAAUUAAGGGAGAAAUAAGGCGAAUAAGAAAAUGAAAAAAAUUUAAGAUCAAUGCAACAAAAAUACAAAUUUUAAAUUUGUAAGUGUAAAUCACACACAACUUGUUUUUAUGAAUUAAAAAUGGGGGGGUAUUUAAACAAUGUAAUAAAUUUAAAGUGAUUAACUAGGCUAGCACUGUGUAAUUAUAAUACAGUGUUUUUGUUUUGCAAUAUGCAUAAAACUAUUGCUAAAGAAAACAUAUAAGACAGGUCUAAAUAAUAUCCAAGCACUACAAAAAUAAAGUUAAACAUAUAUUACAAGAUGAGCACAGCCAUGGAGUGAAUAGGUACUUGUUCAGAAUUAAGGAAAACAUUGCAGAAUAUGCAGUGAUUGUAUACCACAAAAUACUGUGUAAGACCAUGUGUAUGUUUAAAAAUGUAGUAAUUUAAAGUAAAACUUUUCCAAAACUAAUAAUAUAAAGUAAACUUAUGCAAUACCUUUUG